GUUUUGACAUUAGAUAACACUGUAUAAUAGCUGAGCCACUGCAGUCGGUGAACUACCUAAACAAUUGACAAAAGCGCGUUCCAAGCGAACUUCGAUCGAAUCACCUGCGCGUGCAUCCCGACGAGCUUUGCCGCGAGAUGUCGCCUCGAGUCUCUGUCGAUCAGCUGUGCCCGAGACCUUGACGUAACAAUAAACGUUGAUGGUAACACUCCGCGCACGCGAGAAUCGCGGCAUUCGCAGCAGUGCACUUGUACCCGCCGAGACAAUAGGUAGUCUAUCCUCACCCCCGAGAAACAUCAGCUCGCAGUCGUUCGUCAUGUCGCCGCCACCGUGAGUAACAAGUCGAUCGACACUCAAGAAAAGACUCGACUCGCAAGCGUGCAACGAAGCCCACUUACCAGUGUCUCACCGGGAUAACAGUGUCAUCGUCCUCGUCAGUUCGCCGACGACGAUAAUGCGGACGAGACUCCGAACAGAGGCUAUCACCAGAGAGACGACGGGUUACAGCGAGGAACGGCAACAACCGGUGCAGACCCUCGACGAAUGCGGCAGGUAACCCUGUGCGGUGUGCCUGUCAGCUGCUUUUCUAUGCCUGCGCUGAAUACAGCACUCGUGGCUACUUAGAAGAGACACAAACUUUUCUCGGGGACGACUACUGCGCCGGGGAGCGAAGAUGAUCGAACCAACGUUAAAAAUCGAUACUCCUGACAGUAUCGACUAUUGCUAUUUUCCAAUCACAAAGACGUAUAUAAACUUCAAUGUAAAGGCCAGUCACGACGCGAGAAUAUGCUUGAGCACCAGUUUGAACGAAGACUCGGAUGUUUACGAGAUUAUCAUAGGUGGCUGGGGAAAUACCAUGUCGGCAAUCAAAAGAAACAGAAUCGAGCCCGAUGUGGCAGAAGCGGAAACACCCAACAUCAUGAGCGACGACGAAAUUUGCUUCUUUUGGAUGCAAUGGUCGUGCGACGGUCUCAUUGCCAUCGGACACGAGGACGACGAAUCGCCCUUUUUGAGUUACUGUGAUAAAGAGCCAUUUUCAAUCAACUACAUCGGUGUCAGUACGGCCUGGGGUGCGACGGGCGAGUGGAUACUAGACGGCAGCUACGUAACAGCUCCAGCAGUAAGGUCGCAGCUCCUCGAAACGAGCAGUCACUGGGUAGACUACGAUCCCGAGCUAGGCUUACCCAGAGGUGCGGUGACGGGACACGAAGACGGUCUCUACAUCGGACGCAGUCGUCACCGGCACUCGGUUACACCCGGUGGUGUUCGCGGCUCGAGUUGCAGCAUCAGCUGGGGCGGCUUGGGUCACGAGAAGCACGAGUUUCAACUGCUCUGCGGGAAGGACGUGGGCUGGCUCAAAUGCAGCCGCGGCGCCGUGCCGCUACUCGCUCUACCCGCCGGCGAGACCGAGGACGGUAAUGCACUCUUCAUCGGUCGAAUCAUGCACAACGGUGUGGCGCACAUAGGAAAGAUUCAGCCAAACCAUCAAGUCUGCUACGUUGCGCUACACGGACAAGAGGUCGCUUACGCCGAGUACGAGGUUCUCGUGUUGCAUGACUUCCCUGCGAUCGAGUGCAUUGGAAGGUAGAUAGCACGAGAAAAGACGAUUGAGACCUUGUGAUAGUUAGAUCGUAUGCGAUCUAGUGAUGAGAAGAUAGUUCAAAUAUCAUAAUAGUUCGAGACAUCUAUCUGUAUUUUUUUAAACGUUCAAAUUAUAAUAUUAUAUAAUGCAUACGACUAUUUUCGUAUUAUUCAUUUUUUCUCUGUAGAUUAUUUUCCAUGUAUAAAUAUAUGUAUAAUUUGAACCUGUAUUAUAUACACUUUACUUGUAUUCAAUUGAUUUGUAAAUUAAAUUAAAUAUAUAUUUAUAAAAUUUGUGAUAAAGUUACUAUUUGAAAUCAGAUACGUAAGGUCGUGUACAAAAAUAUUAAAUUUAUUAAAAUACAAAACACUUUUUAUGUACAGCUAAGGCAUAAGAACAUGUGUUGCUUUUUUUCACUACUUAUUACAAGUCAAAACCAUGUAUCUGUUAGAACUAUCAGUAUCUUUGAUCAACAAAGAAUAUUUAUAAGAUCUCGAGUUUAAAUUGUUAUUUCUUAAGAGUAACUUAAUAAUAUAGACUUUAGGAAAACUGCAAACCUGAUGUAGUAAAAUUAUCUCUUACUAUUUUGUCCAGGCAAUUCACAGGUCAUCAAGCUGAAAAUUUUCAAUAUAUUUCAAUUAAAAUGUU